AAGAAGAAGAAGCUCACAGUCGAGCAGCCAUGUUCAUCAUUAGAGAUGAGAUGGAUGAGAUGUGCUGUAAAUCAGUAGGAACUGAUCUGUCCAUGCUGGAUAUUGAUGAUUUGAUGACAGAAAUCUCUCAGCUGAAGAAAGAGGUGGCGUUACUGGAGUCAAAGCUCAGACAGAGAGAUGAACUCAACACAAAGGAUGUAUCUGGUGUCUCUCUCUGUGGCUUCACUGAUCAAACAUCUACAGAGCUUCUGGUUUCUGUCUGUAAUGAUGAAGACCAGAAGACAUCAGUGAAUCUGCUGGACUGUGAGAUGAAAGUGAAACAAGAAGUCACAGAAGAACAGAUAGAGGAAGGUGGUUUUUCAGACUUGAUAGACGUAAAACAAGAAGUCACAGAAGCAAGAGAACAGACAAAUGAAGACCUGACAGAGGUCAGACAAGUAGUCAUAGAUUCAAGAGAACAGACAAAUGAAGAUCUGAUAGUGAAGAAGGAAAGUUCACAACUCAAUAUAAUGGAGGAGAAACCUCAACAUUUCAUACCCAAUGAAGAAUCUCAGAGCUGCUUAAUGAAUGAGAAGAAUUUGUCACCAGAAAAGAGCAACAAGCAAAAAACAACAGCCAAGGAUCCUCUUGUGUGUCCUCAGUGCGGAAAGAUUUUCAGCUGUAAUUCUAAACUUAAAAGGCACAUGAAUAUUCACACUGGAGAAGCCGCUCACACGUGUGCUCAGUGUGGAAAGAGCUACAUCUAUAAAUAUAAACUUAACAUGCACAUGAGCGUUCACGAUGGAGAAACACCUUACAAAUGUGAUCAGUGUGGAAAGAGCUUUAAUGGUAAAUACGAGCUUAAUGUGCACAUCAUGAGAAUUCACACUGGAGAAAAGCCUCACAGAUGCGAUCAGUGUGAAAAGGCCUUCAUUCGUAAGUGUGACCUUAAUGUGCACAUGAAAAUUCACAGAGGAGAUAGACCUUACAGAUGUGAUCAGUGUGGAAAGAACUUCAUUUAUAAGUUUAGCCUUAAUGGGCACAUGAGACGUCAUACUGGAGAAACACCUAACAGAUGUGAUCAGUGUGGUAAAAGCUUUAAUAGUAAAUACUAUCUUAAUAUGCACAUCAUAAGACAUCACACUGGAGAAAAACCGUAUAGCUGUGAUCAGUGUGGAAAGAUCUUCACUCUUAAAUGCCACCUUAAUGAGCACAUGAAAGUUCACACUGGAGAAAAGCCUCACAGAUGUGAAGAGUGUGGAAAGAGCUUCAGUCGUAAGUCUUGCUUUAACAUGCACAUGAGAACUCAUACAAGAGAUGCACCUUACAGAUGCGAUCGGUGUGGAAACGGCUUCAUACGUAAGAGUGACCUUUCUGUGCACAUGAAAAUUCACACUGAAGAAAAGCCUUUUAAACAAGAAGUUAUGGUUCAGCUCUUUGACACAGGGAUUUAAACACACAUCAACAUUCACAACGAGACAUCUGGAUAUAAGCUCCUGAUAGACAAUUAUGUAUGUAUUCAUUUUCACUGUGUAAUAAAUUCAUUUACAUUUCAAAUAUUUAAGAAUAUGAAUUGAAGGAUUUGAGUUUACUAAUUACUGUAGACAUCUUACCCUGAUGGCACACAUACAUCGUCUAUUUGAUGUCUGCAUUUACAUCUGCAAGAUGUAUUAUUUAGAUUGUUUGCUCAUCUGCAAUACGUCUCUGAGACGUUUCCUAAAAGAUGUCAUAUAGACAUAUUGAAGACGUCUGCAAGAUGUUAGAUGUUUUUACACAUCAGAUGUAUUCCAGAUCUUUACCAGACAUCUUACAGACGUACCUGUGCUAUCUGGGUUAGCUGUUUAAUGUCGUUAAAGAGUUUUAAACACUUUUUGUGUAACGUUAGUUUAAUGUAGUUGUUGGGUUGUCUGAGACUUUUUCGCGCUCUGCAGAAAUUUGAAUGCGCUCCCAACGGUCAGAGGGGCAGAGUCGCUGCUUGCAGGGGAUAGUAUAAUAUAUAAUUUACUCAAAUUAACAGCAUUAUAACAUCUUGUGAGGUAUACAUUUCUCAAGUUUCAGUCUUACUUACCUUUUUAUUUGACGUAAUCGCGUAACUAAGGAGACGACCGUUGUUACCUCAAAUAUCUGUAGAAACCGUUGAGUAUGAUUCUCAUUUCUCAAAUCGCCUACAACUUUCCAUUUUGACUUUUAAACCUAUAGCCCAGGGGUCCCCAACUGGCGGACCCCGGUCCGAAUCCGGACCGCGAGAUGCGUCCAUCCGGACCGCAAAGACUUUUAACACAAUAAAAUACAUAAAUAGCAAACGCUAUUUAACGUUAUUAUAAAAUCCUAUUUAUAUCAGGCACAUAUAUGGUCAGCCCAGUAGCGCUAUAUGGGUCCUACAUCAACACAGGUUUCGAGUGCGGAGCCAGCGCGAACAUUCACAGACAGGUGUGCAGGGAAGAAAGCAGAGAGCCUAAUCUUGCUUGCGAGUCUGUUGCGGUUGUCAAAAGUGGGGACAUUAAACACCAUUACGAAACUAAACAAAGACACUUUGAACUUACCCUCAGCAGUCCGAGGUAAGGGUGCGAAAAAUAAAUGAACUAAAAGCCCAGUAUGAGCGACCCACACUCACUCAUUGCCAAACAACGAGAUAUGCGUCAUCGAGCCAUCUAUGAGUGUUCACUGAAAAUACAGUGGAUUUAAGGAAAGCAUAACAAGCCCUUUACAGAUGGGAAAAUAGUAAAGGAGUGCGUGGAUGCUGCAUUUUUGGCUCAACGUAUAGUUGCGAGUCAGCAUUCUCAACAGUUAACAUUAUCAAAAGUAAAAACAUGUCAAGAAUGAUCAAUGAGCAUAGUUUUUUUGACUAGGACUUUUUAUUCUUUCGUCUUUUGAACUUAUUUACAUUUUUAUAAACUUGAAGGAACAGUACAAAUUAAGAGAGAAAUGUUUUCCUGCACUUUUUCAGUUUUCCAAAACUGGCAGUUUACUUUUACCUGUUUGUGUUUAUGAAUGAUAUUGAUGAUGAUCUUUUACCAGUGCAACUUGAAGCAGCUAAGCAGAACUUAGUUAAGUACAGACAAUAAAUGAGAAUGAAUGUAACAUGUGAUAUGAUUUGAUUAAGCCAGAGAGGUUUGUAUUCAUUGAUUGUGAUUGUAAUUCUCAGUUUAGCAGAAAAGUGCAUGUUAGUUUUCCUACUAAGUUGUUAUGUGGAAAUGAAUGUGUGUUUUGCAGAUUUAGAGAUGAAUGCAUUUUGCACUGUUCCCUUCAUAUUUUUGUCAGACAUUGUUACUGGAUAAAUUUAGAUAUUUUGUACCAAGCAACUGAAAGGACAUACAGUAACAGAACAGCUUUAAAAUGAAAUCCAUUUUGUGAAGGAUUAUUUAUGCUUAUACAUAUGAACCCAGCGGGCAUAUGACCGACCUUCAACGUUGAAAUUUGGUUGAAAUUAGGUCAGGUGUUUGUUCAACGUUGAAACAACGUUGAAACAACGGUGAAUGGUAAACGGUUGAAAAAGGUUAAUAAAAUGCUUAAAAAUCAACGUUGAAAUUUGGUUGAAAUAACGUCAGUUGUUUGUUCAACGUUGAUUCAACGUUGAAACAACGUUGAAACAACAGUGAAGUAAAUGGUUGCAGAGAGACAAUAAAAUAAUGUUUUAUAAUAUGUGAAU